GGAUCGCUUGAUUACGAGUCCAACAAAGUGGAACCAGACAUUUGUACGCGUGUCAUAUUUGCAGAAUGGAGACGGACAACUUAAGGGACCUGAGACGCUCUCCUUGAAUGCGUCAAGACAGCAGCAGCGAAGGAUGGGCCCUUUUCUCCCGGCGAUUUGCGUCGUGUUGCUCGCCCUGAACGCCGCCGUCUCGCCGGCCUCUGUCGGCCCUGAGGACUAUCCCGCCGUGGAUGAGGCCGAGAGAACUGCCAACAAUGACAUCAUUUUCGAUGACUACCGAGGGAAAGGCUGCGUGGAUGACAGUGGCUUUGUGUACAAGCUCGGAGAACGCUUCUUUCCGGGCCACUCAAAUUGCCCGUGCGUGUGCACGGAGGACGGACCUGUUUGCGACCAACCCGAGUGCCCUAAAAUACACCCCAAGUGCACCAAGGUGAAACACAACGGUUGCUGCCCCGAAUGCAAGGAGGUCAAAAACUUCUGUGAAUAUAAAGGGAAGACUUACAAAAUCCUGGAGGAGUUCAAGCCCUCGACCUGUGAAUGGUGUCGCUGCGAGCCAAAUAACGAGGUACACUGUGUGGUCGCUGACUGUGCAGUACCAGAGUGCGUCAACCCAGUGUACGAGCCAGAGCAGUGCUGCCCCAUCUGUAAAAAUGGUCCAAAUUGCUUUGCUGGAACGACGAUCAUCCCAGCUGGCAUCGAAGUGAAGGUGGACGACUGCACCAUCUGUCGGUGCCACAGCGGGGACUGGUGGAAGCCUGCACAGUGCUUGCGGCGGGAGUGCCUGAAUGGCCAGACAUCAUAGAAGCCCCUCCAGAGCUGUAGGGAGGGACACCGAUUAGAUGUGUGGCACGACUGUCAGAACACAGGGGGCGGCCCACUUUAUGGCAGCACUAGACUGAUUGGCAGGAGCACAAUUCCUUUGGCAAACUAAGACGGCUGGACAAGCUGAGAUACAUGGACUCUAAUACACAGUGUACACAUACACACACACACAUAAAAGUCCUUGGCAGAAUCAUAGCAAGUAUUUCUCACCAAGGACACAUUUGUUUUCUCUUGUGAUGAGUUCAUACUAGGGUGAAUCUCCAAAAAACAAGUCUAGGUUGGAUUUUACCCCAAAAUCAUAAGAAAAUAAAUAAGUA